AAAGUGUUCUAUUGGUUACCGGUUUGUUUUCAUGACCGAUUUUUGUUGGAUAGCCAUAUAAAGUAACCGAAAAUAACAUUAACUUUGGUAAACAUGGCGGUCGCCGAAAGGUUAAAACAGGAGGGAUGGUUCCUGACCCCGGAAGGCUUGGAGUCUGUUACAGACAGUGGAAAUUUGUCGGAUAUCAAAGCAAUUAUUCGGCGUGCACUUGACAUGGACCUCAAGGAGAUCGCAGAGUCUUCAUUUAUUGAUGAUAUUGUCAAGUCAAAAGUGGAAGCGAUUGAAGGUCACUGUGUAGUCCAGAUCCAGAAAAUCAGAAAUAUAUCUGCACCCAAAGUGAAUGAAGAAUCUGGGGCAGCUCCUCGAAUGCUGAAAUUGCUCUUGACUGACGGCACUUCAACAUGCCAAGCCAUUGAAGUUGAGCACCUUCCAUCUUUGAGUCUCAAUACACCACCUGGAACAAAGCUCAGAUUCAAGCCAGGAACCAUUCCUAUCUCGCAUGGUUUUAUCCAACUGAAACCAGCGCUGCUGGAAUUUCUUGGUGGCCGAGUGGCUCCCUUGGUGGAAAAAUGGGAGUUAAACAGGACCCUAGCCAAACAUAGCCGGGGAAGGAUUGGUGAGGAAGGUGGUCCACCACCAUGGAUUCCAUUUGGGCAAAAAAUAAUGAAGGCUCAACCAAGCGACCGAAAUUUCAAGUCACUGGAUACAGGAGAAAAGGAGAACAAGGAAAAUCCUGAGUUCGAGGCUCAGAGGAAAGACGCGAUUGCUGAGGCUGCCAGGGCCGGAAGUAAAAAGGUUUUCGGCGGAGGCACUAAGCAGAUGCUGGACCACAAUGUGCAGCAAGUCGUCAACAUGGGUUUCUCGGUUAGUCAAGCUGAGUAUGCUCUCAAGCAAAGCAGAAACAAUGUGGACCGUGCUUUGAAAAUCCUUCAGAAAGGAGAAGAAUCAACCGUGCAGAAUUUCCCGAGCCAGAAGAGAAUCGACAAACCUGAACCAAGAGGCCGCAAGAAAGGUGACCGCGAGAAAGAUGAAGACGGUGUAGCUGCAAAACCAUCAGGAAAAGUGUCUCUGUUUGACUUUUUGGAAGACAAGUUACCCAUCCAAAAAGAGCCUGAGAAGAAAAAUAGCAAUUUCCUCUCCGACAGGAAGGACAGAAAAGACUUCCAUCGUGAACCAAACCAUGGUGGUAGUGGUUUUUCAGGCGGUUCCAGUGGCCGAGGUGGUCGUUACCAAGACUCAUGGUCCAGGCAAAACGACCGUGUUGGCCAAAAGCCGCCGCGUUUCCAGCAGCAGGCUCAAAGACUCCAGCAGAGACAGCAGAACAUGAGUGCCAACAAGCAGUUCGACUCUGGGCUCAACUCUUCCUACUCGACGUGGUCCUCAGGCAACAAUGACUACAAUGGCCAGUGGGGCAGCUUCAGCGGUCUUGCAAAUGAGAGCAUCAGCAAAGAUUUGUUCAGGAGUAACAACGACGACGUCGGCCAGUGGAAGAUGCCUCCUGAGCCAAAGGGCAAGCGAAGACCUGAACCUGAAAUGAAGGCACCGGCGUACCAGUCUGCUUUCCAACAAAAGUCGUCUAGAGGGUUCUCAGACUUCGGCAACGACAGCAGAUCUUCAGAUGUGUUCGGGGACGCUAACCACGUCCCAUUUUCUGUGAGUUUCAGCAGGAACUUUCAGUCCCCUCAGAAUGACGUUCCUUCCGCUUCAUCACUCUGCGAAUCGCGGUGGGACUGGCACGAGGGUGAUAAGUGCAUGGCGAAAUACUGGGAAGAUAACAGACACUAUCGCGCCGAAGUGACAGGUGUGAGUGCCAAAACCGUGGUCGUCCGUUUCCUGGAAUAUGGCAACUUUGAGGAGGUUUUGCAUGAGGACUGCAUACCCAUUACUGAAUACGACUAGCCCGAGGCCCCAGCCACAUCAAGAAUGUGGCCACCGCCGUGGAGUAGUUUAGCUGGCAUUGAACUUUGAGAGGCACUCCAUUUAUGCCCAGUGCCUUUUUGCCCCGACCCAGUGUAGUGACUGAAUAUAGUGCUACAACAGACAUUUGAUUGGCAGAUGACGAUAACACUUGAUAUAACUACUUUUUGUUGUGUUAUUUUUUGUUAAUGCAGAGUUUGCUUCUGUGAUCCCCUACUUUUCUUAAUUUAUAUCAGUGCAAUGCAUUCCUAACUUUCCAUGGGCUGCUUUGUUUUCUUUCAAACCAUUUUCUUUUAAUAAUUCGCAAUAUUUGUUCACUUUUCAAUAGUAUUUGAAUUAAACCAAUAUGGGACAGCAUCCUAAUUAUUGAUUCUAAAAUAGAGUGGAAAUUUUGGAAUGUGUUGAUUUGUUCACAUGUUCAGGUAACAUAAAAGAUGUCCAGCCUCCUAAGGUACCCAAUAAUAAAGAGGUGUAAUCUGUGUA